GUUUCUCUUUCCUCCUUCACUUCCUCAAACCACCCGACGACACGCAAUGACGUCCCUACAAGGCUGUUUGACUCACAUGCUCACUGACGUUGUGGGAGGAAAUGGUCAACCCCUUGAUCUCUCCACUGUACUUCAAGAAUGUGUGUCAGGCCCGGCGGACAAGCAUUAUGAGUUUAUAGGACAGGCAGCACUAGAGCUUGCCAUUUCAACAUAUCUACGAAAUCAGUUCAUGGUGUAUGCCAGCGAUAUUCUCCAACAUAUGCGGACGUUGGUGAUUCGCAAUCAAACUUUGGCACGCGCGAUCGCGCAAAAAUACCGAUUUUAUGAAUCGAAUACAGGCAACCUGACACCAGAAACAGUAGCUGAACGCGUUAUAGGAAUUGUUCAAGACCUGGGUGGAUCAACCGCUGUGCUAACCACCAUCGUGCCUGUCCUCUCUGAAUAUGCACCUCGGAUGCUAAGCCAACUACCCAGAAAACUGCGUCAAGGGAUGGGACUUUUGAAUGGCGGUGACUCGACGACGACGACGACGGUGCCGAUACAGCAACAAAACACCAACGGCGUAGCGUGUGUGCCACCUCUUGACACGCCUUCUCCUCCACAGCCUCGACCGAUUGCUAUUCCACGUCGUCACUCGUCACAUACCAAUAACAGCAAUAACAGUACCAUCAGUAACGGUGUAAUAAAUGCCGGUAACGACUUUGCGCAGCUUGUCAAACGUGGUGACGGCGCAGCACAUGUCAGUUUUGAAGAGAGAAAGCAAGAGGGCAGAAGCACGAUCGACUGGGGCUGCAGGAUCGCGUUUCGAAUGACCAAGGCGUCGGGAUGGCACGCGCAUCUCCGGUACGGACAGACGAAAAAGAAGGCAAAGUUGCUGGUGCUGCAUGAUAUCUUGAACUACUACCAAAAGCAACCGGAUCAAGAAAUCCGGGACCGACAGCCAGUGUCUGAGGAUGGACAAAUGAAUGCUGCUACUACUGCUGAAGACGCGCCGUACUUGCCCAUUGAUGCGAGCGCGUAUUAUCAUGAGCCUACUGUCGCGCCAUCGCCAAUCGAUCCUGCACACAUGGAAUGGCACACUCCUAUUCCUGACUUCCCGCAGACACAGGCAAUCCAUAUCCCAGACAAGCGAGGACGGUCGAUGGAAGACGAGGAAGAGUAUACCCAGCAUAUGAUGCAUGUGCUGCUCGGUGACUUCCCGCGUAUCUCGUUGAUGGAGGAGCAGCAGCAGCAGCAACUACAGGACGGCGCCUCCAAGCGACAUAAAGUGGCAACUGCUAUGGACAUAACAACAACAAGUAUGAUGGAUACAAGCAACAACAGUAACAAUUUUAUGGAAAGAGCAGCAGCACUCCUGCCCGAAUCCAUCCAUCCACCGUCAUUAGAAACAAUGACAGCACGCGAGGUGCUUCGGAAGAUGGUGGAUCUUGCAAAAAUCGACAAGAUGCUCAGCGACCCAGUGCAGGCGGCGAAUCCCAAGUCAUCGAUGUUCUCGUAUGUACGCGAUGUGGAGGGGUUGAAGAUCAAGUCCGAAUUUGAAGAAAGAGGUCCUGCGCAUUCCAAAGUGUUUGAGGCGACGGCAUCGUUGCAUGGCGGUGGACACAGUGUGGAGGGUCGAGGCGUGGGGUUGAAGAAGUCGGAAGCGGAGCAGAUUGCCAUCAUGAAUCUGAUGAAGUACCUUGUGCAAUAACUUAUUACAACAUCCACUGCUGGGUGUAGUUCUUUGGCACCGUCAACAUUACCCUCGUCAUCACCGUCAUCUCAUCAUCAUCAUCAUCAGCAUCAAUCUUCUUUUUCUUCUCUUAGCACAGCAUUAUCUCUUUUCUUCUUCUUCUUCUUUACAUAUCUUUCUCCUCCUCUUCUCCCCACUAUACACUAUACUUCGUUUAUUUCUAUGAUGCCGAACGUAUAUCUCCAUCCUUGCAAACCAUCGUCAUCACCAUAUCCUUACCAUUAUACUUUUAUUGUACAUUUUGUAUUGACAUAACACCCACACCACUUGCUACUUUUAGUCACCCACACCCCAAACCCCACCAUCCGUUCUGAGCUAAUAUGACCUGGCUUUAAAGAACAAAUAAAAACAACAUAUUAUAAAUUGCU